AUGUUGAGCCCAUCACAAAAGGUUCCUCGGUUACUAUGGGCAAAGGUACUUAAAGUCGAGGCAGAAUCUAUUGACCCUGACGAAAAUUUCUUUAGCAUUGGCGGUGACAGCAUUCUUGCUAUGCGCCUGAUCGCUGCCGGUCUCGAAGAGAGCAUCCGGCUGCCCGUCUUGACGAUUAUGAGAUUUCCUGACGUCUCCGACUUGGAAGCUCCCAACAUAAGCCAGAGCAGCAAAGCCAAUUAUUCAUCCAGCGACAUUAAUUCCAUUGAUGCUUUGGUAUGCCCCCAACCUCCAAAUAUGCGCAAUGAAUUUCCUGCAACGAGCUUCCAGGAGGCAGUGCUGUCUUUUAACACGGCAGCUUCUCGAGGUUUCCUCAAUUAUUUCGUCCUGAGCCUUGACUCUCGACUUGACAGCACCCGUCUUGAGACAGCCUGUCGUUCUCUGUUGAUGCAACACCCGGUUCUACGGUCAUCUUUCUUUCAUACAGAAAAUCGCCUUCUCCAAAAUAUUCGUCCGCUUGAAGCGGUACAACUACAGAAGCACGAUAUCGGUCCCAGAGAAGCAUCUGAACCGGUGAUGACAAUGGACGCUGAUAUCGCUAAUUUGAUCGAAAAUGGCCGAAGGACGCCGCUGGCAUGA